UUCAAAUGUAGUUUUUCUUACAACAUGCCUAACUUUAGAAAUUCAAAGCACGGUAAAAUUCAAUUCUUCUGACUUUUCUCUACCUACCUAACAUAGUUUAAUACUCCUCCGUUCUAUAUUAAUUGUUUUCGUGCCUCUUGUAAAAUUAUAAUAAAUAUCUUUAUUAAUUUAUCCACUUCUUUGAAAAAAAAAAAAAACUUUUUUAUACUUAUAAAUUUAUUUAUGCUUUUAAAAACAUUUAAAUAUAAGAGCAAAAUAAGAAAACUUUUAAUUAAUUUUAUCUUCAUACGAUAAAUGGACAAAUAAUUUGAGAUUCUAUGAGACAACUAAUAUGAGACGCGUCAAAAAGUCAAAAUUACACCUCCAUUUGUUUUUCAAACACCUGCAAAACCGAAAUUCAAAACGAUCGCACAGCAAACGUAAGGGCACACAAAUUUCAACGUCAACCUCUCUAUAAAUAUUGUAAACAUCUACCCACUAAAAACAUCAAUCAUACUAGUGAUAAACCAAAAUGAAGAUAUCUGGGAUUUUGGUCCUCUCUUGCCUCCUUAGUCUUACCUUAUUCCAAAUCACAAAAUCUGAACCAGUUGUUGAUACUAACAAUGAACAAGUCAUGCCAGGAUCCACCUACUACAUAUUGCCCGCCACCACGGGCAACGGUGGUGGCCUAACGCUAGCAAAAGGCGCAAACGGGAGCUGCCCACUCAACGUUUACCAAGCGCAAAAUUCGCAAAGCGUAGGCCUUCCGUUGAGAUUCUUGAUGGUGAAUUCGAGCGCGGGCUUAGUAAUCGACGAAAAUGAGGAGGUAAAUAUUAAAUUCGCAGCACCAAGGUACGACUUGAUAUGUAAGAAAUCAACUGUUUGGAGAAUAGAAGGAGGGUUAGUGACGACUGGUGGAAUUAAGGGUGGAUCAGUAAGUGGCACGUCCACAUGUUUAUUUACGAUUCAGAAAUAUGAAGAUGCAUAUGCUUUACAAUAUUGUCCAAGAGCAAAAGGAUGUACUUUUAUUUGUCCAAAAUUGUCGUGUGGAUAUAUUGGUGUUUCAUCAGUUGCUAAUGGAUCGAAGCGUUUGGCUGUGAACAGGACGGCUUACAAGAUUGUGUUCAAGAAGGCCUAAGACAUUGAUUUUACUCUUAUUAUAUGGUAAUAAAACAUAGUGAAAAUUAACAAUGAUGUUAUAAUUUGUGGGUGCAGACGUGCGUGUUAUGCAGGGAGUUGUUUCAUAUUUGAUUUAGGAAUUGAUUUAUCAUUUGAAUCUAGAUGCAUAAUGCUUGAUAUUUGUUUUUCGUGUAAUUCACCUUUGUAUUAUUUUUAUUUAUUUAUUAUCUUAUUUCCCUUUUUCUCUUGAA